CGGCAGGAGCUCAACAAGACGGUGUGGGAGGUGCCCGAGCGCUACCAGAACCUCUCCCCGGUCGGAUCCGGGGCCUACGGCUCCGUGUGUUCUGCCUUUGACACCAAAACGGGCUUGCGUGUAGCUGUGAAGAAGCUGUCCCGACCAUUUCAGUCUAUUAUCCAUGCCAAAAGGACCUACCGAGAACUACGGCUGCUUAAGCACAUGAAACAUGAAAAUGUGAUUGGUUUGUUGGAUGUGUUCACACCUGCCAAGUCACUAGAAGAAUUCAAUGAUGUGUACUUGGUAACGCACCUUAUGGGAGCAGAUUUGAACAACAUUGUGAAAUGCCAGAAACUCACAGAUGACCACGUGCAGUUCCUCAUAUAUCAGAUUCUUCGGGGACUGAAGUACAUCCAUUCGGCUGACAUAAUACACAGAGAUUUAAAACCUAGUAACCUAGCUGUAAAUGAAGACUGUGAGCUGAAGAUCCUGGAUUUUGGCUUGGCCCGACACACGGAUGAUGAGAUGACUGGGUAUGUGGCUACCAGGUGGUACAGGGCUCCUGAGAUCAUGCUGAACUGGAUGCAUUAUAACCAGACAGUUGAUAUUUGGUCAGUGGGCUGCAUUAUGGCUGAGCUGUUGACUGGAAGAACGUUGUUCCCUGGUACAGACCAUAUUGAUCAGUUGAAGCUCAUUUUGAGACUCGUUGGAACCCCAGGGCCUGAGCUUUUGAAGAAAAUCUCCUCAGAGUCUGCAAGAAACUACAUUCAGUCUUUGUCUUAUAUGCCGAAAAUGAACUUUGAAAAUGUGUUUAUUGGCGCCAAUCCCCUAGCUGUGGACUUGCUGGAGAAGAUGCUGGUGCUGGACACGGACAAACGAAUCACGGCGGCCGAGGCUCUGGCUCACGCCUACUUCGCGCAGUACCACGACCCGGACGACGAGCCCGUGGCAGACCCCUACGACCAGUCCUUCGAGAGCAGAGAACUCGAGAUCGAGGAAUGGAAAAGCUUGACUUACGACGAAGUGAUCAGCUUCGUCCCACCGCCGCUCGACCAAGAGGAGAUGGAAUCCUGAGAAGCCGCUCUCUCCCGUUCGUCCCGUGUCACUGUGAGGGGAAGGCCUUUUCCUAGGGACUCUCCAACUAUUCAAGUGCCUGUCACAACAAUAUUCUCCUUGGUGGAGGGGUUUUGUGUGUGUUGAAUUGGGGAGGGUGGGGGGAGGGAAGGAAGUGGACUCUAUGUAAACAUGCUGCAUGCUCUCUUGUAUUCUGUGUACAGCCUGGGACGAGCCUCCGAAGACCUUUUCCGACUGCUCUUAGCUCCUUCCAGAGUGACAGUGGGCAGCCA